AUGUCGCAGCAUUCCACAUUUGGCUCGCCAUCUCCAGGCUCUUCACGGCGAACUUCAAGGCACAUCACUACUGAAGGGCUCACUAUAUCCAGCGAACAGGCGACUCAAAGUAGGCCCAGCAUGGAAGACGUUGGCCGAAGAGGGUCUACAGCCCCUAUACCCGACACUGGAGAUUCAGCAGCUCUGCCCUUGUCUGCGUCCAUGGUGUUACCGGUGCGCCCGAAGGCGAACCGUCAGGCUCUAGCAGAGAUAGAAGCACUAGAUGAUAGAAAAGUUACUGUUCGAUUCCUCCCCAUGCCAUCUGCGCCUAUUCUCCAGAGCAAGGUGUUCAAAGUCAGUGCUUCUCAGAAGUUUGAAACAAUCGUUCGCUUCUUAAGAAAGAAACUUGGUUGCAAGGACACAGAUUCUGUCUUUUGUUAUGUGAAUAGUGUCUUUGCUCCAGGUUUAGAUGAGGGGAUUGGGGGUUUAUGGAGAUGUUUCAAGUCAGACGACCAACUGAUCAUCUCUUAUUCGAUGACACCAGCAUUCGGAUGA